GGCGCGGGGGGACACCCGCCGGGGCGGUGCUUGCGCUGACAGGAGGACCCGUCAGUGCGUUGCAGCCUCGAUCCUCGGUCCCAGCCGCGAUCACAGCCGCGAUCACACCGCCUGCUCCCUCGCCACUGCACGGCUCUGCCUCCUCCUAACAGCGCUUGUUUGGGUCGUUUCUGGCCGGCUGUCGUUGCUGCACCGACUCGAUCUCCAGCGCAGCGUCGACAGAAAGGCACUUCGUGCAGAAGCAGCCGCCAUGUCCACCCCCACAAACUCAGAGGUGAAGGAACUGAACCCUGUCGACUUCAUCCAGCUACAACAGUACAUCGAAUACUGCAGCUUGAAGGUGAAAGAUGUGCUGAGGGAAUUUGAUUCAGAUGGCCGGCUGGCCCGGCACAGGCACGGAGAGUGUAUCAAUGAAGAAGGCUUUCGUCUGUUCCUGAAAACCUAUUUAGAAGUGGAGGACUUUCCUGUGGAUCUGUGCCAGAGACUCUUCUGCUCCUUCCAGAACUCUGAACCCUCCCAAGAAGACGGCACCAGUGAGAAAGAGGUGUUCCUCAAAGAUGUUUCAUGUUACUUCUCCCUGCUGGAGGAUGGGCAGCCCAGGGAUAAACUAGAAUUUGCUUUUAGGCUUUAUGACAGAGAUGGCAACGGAGUUCUUGACAGCUCUGAAGUAGAUCGAAUUAUUGCUCAGAUGAUGCACGCUGCAGAAUACCUUGACUGGGAUGUAUCAGAGCUGAAGCCGGUGCUGAAGGACAUGAUGACAGCAAUUGAUGCUGACAGCAGCGGCACCGUGUCCCUGGAGGAGUGGGUAGAAGGUGGCAUGAACAACGUGCCUUUGCUCGUCUUGCUGGGUCUGAAGAUGACCCAAAAGGAUGGGCAGCACCUUUGGAGGAUGAAAAACUUCAACAAGCCUGUGUACUGCAACGUAUGCCAAAGCAUGCUGCUGGGCCUGAGGAAGCAAGGCCUGUGCUGCACCUGCUGCAAAUACACAGUUCACGGACGCUGCGCCAACAGGAACCCUGCUCCUUGCACCAGGACGUAUGUGAAGUCAAAGAAAGACACGGGGGUUCCAGCGCAUGACUGGGUGAGUGGGAACUGUGAUUCCAGGAAGUGUGACAGAUGCCAAAAGAAGAUCAAGAGCUUCCAGGGCUUAACAGGCAAACACUGUGUGUGGUGCCACAUAAUGCUUCAUGAUGACUGUGCGGACCAGGAGCCAGCAGAGUGCAGCUGCGGACCUCUCAGAGACCAUAUCCUGCCUCCAUGGGCCAUAUAUCCUGUUAUAAAGGAGAGACAAAACAACGUAAAGAACGGCUGCUCGGCAUCAACAGAUGACAGUGAGCUUAAUGUCACCCCUGAUGGUCAAGUGCUUCAGAUCAGCCCUGUGCCAAACACCCAUCCUCUUCUAGUAUUCGUGAACCCCAAAAGUGGUGGCAAACAGGGAGAAAGAGUCCUGCGCAAAUUUCAAUAUUUACUGAAUCCACGGCAGGUAUACAACCUUUCAAACGGCGGCCCCGGACCAGGACUGAGUUUCUUCAGUGAUCUGCAGAACUACAGGAUCCUGGUGUGCGGCGGAGAUGGCACAGUUGGCUGGAUUCUCGAUGCAAUCGAUAAAGCCAGUCUGCCGGUACGACCACCUGUUGCUGUGCUUCCUCUGGGCACCGGAAACGACCUUGCACGUUGCCUGCGUUGGGGAGGAGGAUAUGAUGGCGAAGACCUGACUCGUAUUCUUAAAGACAUUGAGGGAAGCUCUGAGGUGCUGAUGGAUCGCUGGAGUUUCCAGGUUAUCACAGAUGAGAAUCAGGAGAAAGGUGACCCAGUGCCAUAUGAAAUCAUCAACAAUUACUUCUCUAUUGGAGUAGAUGCCUCCAUCGCUCACCGCUUUCACACAAUGAGGGAGAAGCAUCCCCAGAAAUUCAACAGCAGAAUGAAGAACAAGCUGUGGUAUUUUGAAUUUGCCACUUCAGAAACCAUAUCAGCUUCCUGCAAGAAACUUAACGAGAGUUUAACGAUAGAGUGUUGUGACACUGCUCUAGACUUGAGUGGCCACUCUCUGGAGGGGAUUGCUGUCCUAAACAUUCCCAGCAUGCACGGCGGCUCCAACCUAUGGGGUGAGACCAAAAAGGUGGAAACCAAGGGAGUGACAAGUCAAGAAGAGCCUCAAGUGAUCGUCAACCCAGAGAUCCUGAAAGUGGUUUCCCAAGACCUCAGUGACCGUCGAUUAGAGGUGGUCGGCCUGGAAGGAGCCAUGGAGAUGGGACGGAUAUACACCGGCCUCAAGAGUGCCGUGCGGCUCGCACAGUCUUCACAGAUCACCAUCAGGACAAAGAAAACAUUACCGAUGCAGAUAGAUGGAGAACCUUGGAUGCAACCCCCCUGCACGAUCCACAUCACACACAAGAACCAAGCCUGCAUGUUGAUGGGUCCUCAAGCCAAAUCACUGGGGUUUUUCAACUCCAAAUAAAGCCGAUAAGAUGAAAUGCAUGUGUUUACUCUAUAUGGAAAACUGACACUUUCUAAAAAUCUGCUUGAAUGUGUAUGCUGUACAAUGUUCAGAUCAUAUCCACUGAAGGAUAACUAUUUUGGGAUGAAUCAAAGCAUGCCAUGGACGGUGUGAAUACAUACUUACGAUAUGUGUGCAUUGUGAGAAAAAUGAUUUUGACCCAAUUUUUCAGUGUUUUUGCAAUGCUUUCCUCUGUUGCUGCGUCAACGUUUCACAGCAAGUGGAAGUGCUGCUCUUUAGCAACCUAAAGUAAGGUUAAAAUUGUACAUUGUGGUAAAAGAAGAAUGGCUUCAUGUGCCUUUACAGUAUGUUCACUUUGGUUAUUGUUUCAUAGAAGGCGCUGUGUACUUUUGCACUUUGAGCACAGACCAUGUUGUAUUGUUGGUUUGUUGUGGCUGUAAAUAUGCUCUAAAGCCAUGUUAAAGUUCAAACUGAUUCUGAAAACACGUGACUACAUUUUAGAUUGAAGCUGAGGUUAUUAGACUGUUUUUACACGUUUUAGAAGACACUUGAAUGUGAUUUGGGAAGCAGAGAAAGAACUGCAGCAGUUGGCCUGCUGUUCCUCUGUGGACGUUAUUGGCCCAAGUCUUACUAUCUUAACAAGGACCAAUAUUAGUGUGUGUGUAUGUGUGUGUUUAAUGAUGGAGGAGAGCUCUUUUAAGAGCAGAAAGGUGAUACUUUUGACAUAUGUGAUACUGUAAAUUGGAUUUGAAAAUAUUGAUUCAGACUUCACUGUAUGUAGUCUUUACGUAAAAACAGUGAUAACAUUUCAAAUAUGUUGAGGAUGUAAAUGUAACAUUUCUGAAUUAAGGUUGUAAUAAAUCAU